AUGAAAUUAUGCAGGGCUGUUUUUUUCCUCCUCGCAGCGUGUGCCCUUCACUUGGUUGCGUGCCGAUCGGGGGUAGAUGAGGACGUGGGAGCAGUUGGAGCGGUGGAAACACCGGAGGGGGAAGACAUGGGGGGAGUGCUUACCCAUGGGAAGGUCACCAGUGAGAAGGUCACCAAUGAGAAGGCCACCCGUGAGAAGGCCACCCAUGGGAAGGCCACCAAUGUGGGGGGAGAUGCAAACCAGCCAUUGACCAAAAAAGUGCACAGAGUGAUUAGUGAAGAGGAGGGGGUGCAGGACGGGCGAAAUGGGGACGCGCUAGAGGGGGGAAAGAGCGAAGCCGAGGAGGAACUGAAGAAAGCCAAGGAGGAGGUGAAAAGGGAGAAGGAGGAGGCGAAAAAAGCCAAGGAGGAGGCAGUAAAAGCCAAGGAGGAGGCAAAAAAAGCCAAGGAAGAGGCAGUAAAAGCCAAGGAAGAGGCAGUAAAAGCCAAGGAGGACGUGCAAAGGGCUAAAGACCUCGCGCACAAAUGCGAAAAGCAAAAAAGGGAAACCCUGCUGGCAGCGCAAACUGCACAGAAGAACCUUCAGGAGUGUACCCAUAAUAACGGACAAGACCUCACUCAGUGCAAAGAACAGCUGAGUGAUAGAGAAAAACACCUGUACGUGUGCAGGGAAAACGAAGACAAAUGUUAUGCGAAAAUAAAAGAUAUGGGAAAGCAGCAUGAGGAAAGGGUAAGUAGGAAGGAAAACGAAGCGGAAGAACUGAGGGAGAAGGUACUCAGGCUAGAAAGGGCACUAGAAGAGAUGGAGCUGAAAUUGAAGAUGAAGCUGAAAAGCUAUGCAGGUGCUGGUAGAAGUCACAGUGAGGACAAAGACAGCGAUUACCUAAUUUCAUUCCCCAUGGUGCGAAAUUAUUUCAUAAAGGUAUUAAAAAUCUACAAAACGUUUUAUAUAAUAGGGUUCGAACAGACUAACUUGUCAGGGUUCCUCUCCCAAGUAGCUUUCCAUAAGGAUGCCCUGAUGACACACCUCAAGCUUUAUGGAAGACGUACAAUGGAAAAGCUACAUGAAUAUAAGACCUUUAUCGGAGAGUGUGAUUUGGUGACUCGACUUUUAAGUCUCUACGAAAAAUCAUCUCUCAGUCAGUAUGUAGAGUUCAUUAAAAGGAAAGCAUCAAACUUUGCCUUUACGAUGACACAGUCGAUGAAAAAUAAAUAUAUGAACAUCAAUUGGGACCUCUUCUUGCAUAAGUUACACAACAAUUCGGAAGUCCUAGUGGUGAAAUUAAAUUCUAUAAAUCCAGAACUGCAAGGGAUUAUUUCUCCUCGGUUGGAAGAUCAGCUGAUUUUGCUGAUUUUCUUCACAGCGGUGAAUAUCAUUCAUUUGUACUUAUUUUUUUAUUUCCUAUUCCUUUUGAUUAAGCUAUUGAAAAGGGUGAGUAUGUGUUUAUUCAUGUGUAGUUACUUGUGUGUGACGGUAGCCUAUCGAUGCAUCGUCUUUGUGUUGACGCUGCCAAUACGGCCGUGCAUGCGUAAGCGGGGCAACCGCAGUAGGAAGGUGUACCGCAGACAUGAUGAGAGGACUUGCGUGAACCCGGAGCGCGUCUCGUACCAGCAGCAGGAGAUUAAGAAGAUGCACAAGGGGCAUAACGUCCACCAGCGGAGGGGGUGA